CCCAUCCGGGCCCAUGGUUCCAGCGACAUACCUAAACGCCAAGUUCCCUUGAGAAGAUCGCCAGGCCGGCCACCAGGGCUUAGAUACGUAACUGAAGAGAUGACGCAUGUCAGUACGUUGACAAUGAUUCGCUGGAAACAAGGGGAGUCAUUGUUGCCUGUUUACCAUUCAAGUCAGUUGACACACCGGUCGCGAAUCGUCCAGUAG